AUGGGGGCUGAACUGUCUUCCCCCGGUCCCACCCUGGAGUCAGUUCUCGAGGGUGUUGGUCCGGACAUGCGCGGAAAGCUGUCCACGCAUUUAGAAUCCAUGAGCUCCCGAAACUUGAGGUUUCGUCAUGUUGCGAUUUGGCGGGAUCCCUUUCUUGGUGGGACAAUCGAUCACCACACAGUUGUGUACGAGUACCUGGACGGAAGACGCUUGAUGAGCCUGAAGCUGGACUGGGGCCGAGAAGGCUUGCAUUUCCAUGACAGCCCUGAGGACCCCUGCCCCAACGGCGAUGUCUUGGAGCGAAAGUGGUGUGCGCGCUUGACACCAGUCGAGGUCCAGUUACAUUGGGAUGAUGUCAAAGAAAGAAACUACGAGCUUUCGCGAUGGAAUUGUCAGCACUUCAGCAGGUACAUGUACGACAAGGCAGAUGAAGGAAGCGUGGACAUGGCUGUAGCUGCGGUCGAGUUUGGAGAGGUCAAAGGCUUGCUUGCCGUCAUCCGGAGACUGGCAUUGGCUUUUGUGCUUCUGCCUGCGGUGUUGUUGGUGAUUUCAGGCGAGGUGGAGGAUCGCCCCGGCACCACCUGGGAGGAUGACAUGCCCGUGUGGCCGGACACAGACGACGAAGGUGCCGACGGUGUGCAGUGCCAAGGCCCCUUCUAUGGGGGACUCAUGCCAAUGACAGAAACGAUGACAUUGCUGAGCUGCUUGUCAAGAUUUAUGACAUGGAUGCCGCGAAUGCGGCACACCACGCCCGUCUAA